AAUCCCAACAAUGGGAGACACUUCGGCCGCGAAAUUCCAAAGCCACCUUGAAAUCAAGAAGCCACAGCCACCCUCACCUCCUCUUCGUCGCUUCUCCUUAUCGGAAAACCAAGACCAAGGACACCAAAAAACUCCGUUCUUCAAGUCUCGCGCCGGUACGCGAAAAAACGACACGUUGAUCAUCUCUAUCUUCGUGAUCCUCCAUGUCGUGGUCUUCAUUGCCACCAUGGUUGCCAAUGAUUGCCGGAGAAACUCUCACGGUGACUGUACAGUCAAAGCGCUUGGAAGGCUGUCGUUUCAGCCACUCUCUGAGAAUCCUUUACUCGGUCCCUCUGCUUCUGCGCUUGAUGAAAUGGGAGCUCUCCGGCAGAAUUUUCUGCAAGCGAAUCACCAUAGUUGGCGUCUGUUCACAUGCACAGGGUUGCAUGCCGGGCUCAUUCAUCUAAUCAUCAACCUCGGAAGUGUCAUCUUUGUAGGAAUUCACUUUGAGCAAGUGUUUGGACCAUUGAGAACAGGUAUCAUCUAUGUACUCUCUGCAUUUGUUGGAACCUUGGUCGCUGCACUCUUCAUCAGAAAUAGCCCAGCAGUCAAUUCCUCUGGUGCAUUAUUUGGGUUACUUGGAGCUAUGCUUUCUGAGCUCAUACGCGACUGGAAUGUUUACACAGAUAAGUUGGCUGCCAUAUCAUUUCUUUCCAUUGUCUCCACAAUCAAUUUUGUCGUCGGUUUACUACCUUAUGCAAACAACUUUUCAAGCAUUGGAGGUCUCAUAUCGGGAUUUCUACUUGGUUUCAUACUUCUGUUCACCCCUGACGAUAAGCCUUUGGUUCACAACAAGGCAGGCCUUUAUGAGUACAAUACCAAAACUUAUAUCAAAUCAAAGCUGAAGCUAGACAGGCCAAUCAUGGGUGUUUGGCUUAUUCUUUUUGUUGUUCUGCUUCUUGGAUCUCUUGCAGCAGUACUUACAGGAAUGAAUAUGAACCAGUAUUGCAACUGGUGCAAAUAUGUUGACUGCAUUCCUUCUAAAAGGUGGAGUUGCAAUGACGUAACAGCUGAUUGCGAGACAAUGGUGAGCAACUCACAGAUGACUUUGACUUGUAUGGGCAAUGGCAACUUCAGGGUUUUCCCUUAUACCAACAUCUCACAAGCAAGGCUAAGGGACUUGUGCACUCUGUUGUGCUGAUUUUUAUUUUGUGAUGACUCAGGGAAACUAUAGAUACUUGAAUAACUAAUAAUCUGUCGAUGGCCAUAUCUGUUUUAAUAAUGGAAGAAGUACUAAUCU